AGUGGGCGAGCGCGCAGAGCUGACACACACCUGUCCCUCCCACAGGGCAGCGCCGGGCAGCACCACUUCACCUAGCAGUCGCCAACAGCUCUCGGACGAGUUCCUCUCAACGAAAGAGGACGUAGCGGCCAUGCUGUGUCGGAGCCUGUCCCGGUGUGUUGCUGUGAGGCCGGCGGCAGCCUGCGUCUACAGGGCUGCCACUCCGGAGAAUGGUAGGCACCCACUGACAGCGACCAGCAGGAGCUAUGCAGCCAGCGCUGAGCCCAGCGUGGUGAGGUCUCCAUUCCCGGAUGUGGAGGUGCCUGCCGUGCCGCUCUUCCAGUACAUGUGGCAGAACCUGGACCGCUAUCCUGACAGGGUCGCCACAGAGUGCGGGCUGACGGGUCGCCGCUACACGUACGCGGAGGCGCGCACCGCGGCCAGGAACUUCGCCGGCGCGCUGGUGGGGACGGGCCUGGGCCCCGGCCACGUGCUCUCCGUCUUCCUGCCCAACUGCCCGGAGUUCCCCAUCGUCGUCCUGGGCGCCAACGAGGCGGGGGUCGUCGUCACCACCACCAACCCCAAGUACACUGCCGAGGAGCUGUCCAAACAGCUGCGCGACUGCCGGCCCUCGGCAGCGGUGACGACUCCGGCGCUCCACGGCACGGUGGUGCGCGCCUUCCAGGAGGCGGGCCUGCCCCCGCCACGCCUGCUGGUGACUGUGCCGGCGGCCGCCUCCAGCACUGCCCUAGAUCCCGGCGCCACCCCCGAGGGCGCGGCGGACUUCCAGCAGCUGGUGCAGCGGGCCGCGCCCGAGGGAGAGCUGCCGGGCGCCCUCACCUCCCCAGACCAGGUGUUCAUCAUGCCCUACUCCAGCGGCACGACAGGGCUGCCAAAGGGCGUCAUGCUCUCCAACCGUAACAUCGUGGCCAACCUCCAGCAGGCCAGAGAACCUGCCAUCCAGUACUCUGAAAUCGACUCUGAUGGCGUGUGCGGUCCCGACGACGCCAUCCCAGUGGUGCUGCCCAUGUUCCACAUCUACGGGCUGUCCGUGGUGAUGCUCCAAAAGUUCUCGCUGGGCGCCAAACUCGUCACGCUGCCGAAAUUCGAGCCGCAGCUCUACCUGGAUGUUCUGGCCAAGCACAAGCCUCAGCUGCUAUUCCUGGUGCCGCCCAUGGUGCUGUUCUUGGGGGGACACCCCAUGGUGCAGCGUCGCCACCUCGAGUCGGUGCGCUUCGUGGUGUCUGGAGCGGCUCCAGCAGGUCAGAUGGACAUCGACCGCUUCCUGGAGAGGGCGUCGCCUGCCACGAGCUUCGUCCAGGCUUACGGCCUGACAGAAGCGGCCCCGUGUGUGCUCAACUCUGAGAGGACGACCAAGAAGCAGACGACUGUGGGUAAGCCCUUACCCAACACCAGCGUCAAAGUCGUCGACGUUGAAACCUCGCGCGUUCUGGGACCUAACCAGCCUGGAGAAAUAGUCACCAAGGGACCUCAGGUGAUGCUGGGAUACUACAACAACGCAAAAGCGACUGCGGAGACCCUCAGUGCCGACGGCUGGUUACGAACCGGGGACAUCGGUUACUACGACGCAGACUCCGACUUUUACAUUGUUGACAGGAUAAAGGAGCUGAUCAAAGUCAAAGGUUUCCAGGUGCCGCCGGCGGAACUGGAGGAGAUCCUGCGCAGCCAUCCUGCCGUCGAGGAGGCGGCAGUGGUGGGCGUGCCUGACGAGAGGAGCGGCGAGGUGCCCCGGGCCUACGUGGUGCUCAAGAAGAAGGCCCAGCAGGUGGUCACGCCGCAGGACGUCGCCAAGUUUGUUGAUGCCAAGGUCGCGGACUACAAGAAGCUAGCGGGUGGUGUGCAUUUUAUCGACGCCAUACCGAAAAACCCAUCUGGCAAGAUCCUGCGGCGGGUGCUCAAGCAGCAGACGAGGUGAUCACCAGCCCUACCAACACGCACCACCACCAGUAUUUGAAGAAGCAGCUGCCGUGACGCCCACAUUCUGUUGCCGUCAUUUCUGGUUGCUACGCAGGGAAACAGCAAUAUUUUUCUCUACUCCAGACUGUACACCUAUCUAUUUUUUGUAAAUAUGAAAUAAUAAACACUAGUUCUCCUAAGAAA